GCUCUUCCUGAGUUGAGCUGGUUGCUCUGUGGGGCUGCUCGCUGCUUUCUCUACUCCCAAACUAUGGACUAAACCUGCACUGAACUUAUUUCUCUUUAACAAGAUUGAAGCCACAUCAGAGCUUUAAGUAUCUGCAUGCUUUGCGGCCAAAACAAAACACACAGAACUCAGGACAUAAAGGAUCACAAGAGAUGAGUGACCAAGACAGCUCCACCUCUGCCUCUCAAACGGAGGGAGACGUUGAGGGAGAGAUGGACACAGAGAUGGAGGGUGAAGGGGAAGAAGAUGUAAAACGCAGUGACAGUCCAGUCCUCCAUAUGUCAAACUUCUCCUCGUCUCUGCGUGCCGUCAUACGCAUCAAACAGAAGUACCAGGCCAUGAAGAAGAGACGUCAGGAGAUGUCUCUGGGAGGAGACAUAACCCUCACAGGAGCACCAGGGAAGACCAGCCCCAAAAUCUUCACCUUCGACGGAACAACCCCUUUUACCUUCUCCACCCCGUCAUCCUCCGUCCCUCAGAAGAAAAAGAGGAGAAAGAGGAGACGGGUGAUGUUUCCCAACAGAGGGCGGCGCCGGGCCCCUCCGAAGCAGGAGCCCAGCCGAGCCAAGUACAGCCUCUACCUGCUCUGUGUCAUCGUCUUUAUCCAGGUGUACAACGCUAUAGAGAACCUAGAUGACCACGUUCUCAGGUAUGACCUGGAGGGGCUGGAGAAGACGCUGAGGAGGGAAGUGUUUGGGCAGCAGGGAGCGGUGGAGGGUCUGCUGUCCCACCUGAAGGACUACUUGUCCACCUACGUCCACAACAAGCCCCUGGUGGUGUCCCUGCACGGCCCCAGCGGUGUUGGCAAGAGCCACCUGGGACGCCUCCUAGCCGGACAUUUCCGCUCCGUGGUGGGGGAGACGCUGGUGCUGCAGUACUACGUCCUCCACCACUGCCCCCAGGAGGCCGACGCCCUGCAGUGCGCCCGCGACCUCUCCGCUCUCAUCUCGGAGAUGGUGGAACGAGCGGAGGAGGAGGAGAAGAUCCCGCUCUUCAUCUUCGACGAGGCCGAGCACAUGCACGACGAGAUCUUCGACGCGCUGCUGCAACUCGUGGCCUCCAAACAAUCCAACGAGUACCUGAAUGCUAUCUACCUGUUCCUGAGCAACCUGGGUCACGCACACAUCACCAAACAUAUGCUGCACAACUCAAGUGUUUCUAUGGCGAUGACGACGUCUAGUCGUCACAGUCACCUAGUGAAAGAGCUGACUCCGAUAUUACGCGACACUCUGGAGAAGCUUCACCCGCUGUGGACAGAGGCGGACAUCUUACCUCUAGGCCUUUUGGAGAAAAGUCACGUGAUGGAGUGCUUCCUGGAUGAAAUGACUCGAGAGGGGUUCUACCCGGAUCAUACAAACAUAGAGCGCCUCGCAGGGGAGAUUGAAUAUUACCCCGAGGUAGGGGGGCACGAAUACUCCCAGACAGGCUGCAAGCAAGUGGUGGCAAAGGUCAACCUGCUGUGAAAUCCUCUGCCGGAAAUGUUUGGAUGUUUCACAUUCUUUAAUGCAUGAAGAAAUAGCGCGUGAGAUGUGAGUGAGGUGAAAGGGUUAUAAAACUUGACUGAUAAAACAGGAAAUUCACAGCUUUAGAGAGCAGUUUUGAAAAAGGAUGUUUAAGAUGUGCAGCUGUGUUGUGGGACAUGUGGCGUUCGUCCAGUGAAGAAGUGAAGAAACGCCCUCAAAAGGGUCGGUUCACCAUAAAUGUUAAAGAAAAAAAAACAUGUUUCAUAUUCAUCUCUGGUGGUUUUCAGCCAUGGAGAUCGUUUAGGUUUUAUCUGACCAGAUUUUGAGAUACCCCCCCCCCCUCCACUAUCUACAUGACUAUCCAUUACUGGAGGUUAUUGAACAUGUAUUUUUAUGAUUUGUGUGAACUGAGCCUUUAUCUCCUUUGCAUAUGUCACAACUACACAUUAGGCAGCUCAAUCCGACAUAGUAGCAGAUGAGUAACACCAUUAUUCAUUCAUGGAGUGAAGUUCAGAUAUUUAUAAUGCUUAAGUUACUAACACACAUUUUAGGACAAUUAGAAGUUGUUGUUAUUGUCAAAAAUGUCAAAUGUGAUGCAGCGUAACUUUUAUUAAUGCUAGUGCAAGAGUGAAUAUAUUUCUACAGAAUCUACAAUGUAGAUGUACUUAAAUAAUAUACUAUGUAAGAAUAGUAUUUAAGUAAUUGAUUCUGCCUUUGGACCUGCAGAUGGAAAGUGGCAGGAAGAAUAUUUCCUGCAUCACUUCAAUUCUUUUUAUUGUUUAUUUAUUAAAGACAGUUUUGCAUCGACAUGUUCACAUCCAAAGAAUCCAGUCUUGCACUAGCAUUAUUAUUUUGUAUUGACUUCAUGAGAUUUAAAGAGUCUUGAAUAUGUUAAUGUCCUGUAUUCAGGUAUCUUACAGUCCAAAUGUGAGUGCCUUGAAAUUAAAAAGACACAAUUUUAAAACACAGCUGUGGGAUUUUUUCUGUGUGGGACAAAAAGGGAAAUCUUAAAAGAACGAGCUUGACAUUUUAGGAAAUGUGCUUAUUUGCUUUCUUGCUGAAACACUCUCGUCUGUGUGGUAAAUAAGCUACCGUCAAAACUGUUAGCUUAGCUUAGCAUCAAGACUGGAAACAUACCCCCCCCUCCCCUUUUCUAAAACCACAGCAUGCCGUUUUUACAUUUCAGUUUAUGUGCGGCUUAAAGAAGAUAAAUUAAUCAUGAGUGUUAGCGAUGAUGUAGCCACAUUUCGUAACUUUGAACAGAGCCAGGCCAGCUGUAGCUUCAUAUUUGACUGAAAGGAAAGUCGUAUCAACUUUCUCAUCAAACUAUGGGCGUGAAAGCAAACAAGCGUCCCAAGAUGUCAAACUAUUUCUUUAACUCGUUACCAUCUUUUCCCACUGCUUUCAACUGUAUGUUAGUCUUUCUCAGCAGAUGCAGGUUGUAGAGAAAGUCCACGACAACUGAGCGGAGGAAGACGUGAGAUGUGGUUAAAGCUCCAGAAAAGGUUCGUAAGUGGAGUUAAAACAAUGUUUCUUGGAUGAAGCAAAAAGAACAUUUAUUUUUUUUCAUUUUCUUUUAUUAGAAUUCCCUUAAUUGACAUUGGAAAGAAUGAGGUACUGUGUCUCUAAGUGACAAAGAAAAAUGAGCUUUAUGACAAAAUAAUUUGAUGGAAACAUAAAACCACAUUUGGUUACAAAAAAAAAAAAGAUAAAAUAAAUAGGAUAGUCAUGUGGGACACAACAACCUCUUAUAUAAUCCUAUGAAGUGGUUUGACCAGAGUCACUCUGAGGACAAUCAACUGUAUUUUAUGUACAGAUCUGAGGAGUGUGUUUUCGAGAAGAGAGCUCUGACAGCAAUGAGCGCAGUCCUCGAGCAACAUGAGGAAACAGCUGGCCUUCAAGUUAAGACGCCCGCUGCCACUGGACAGCUGCGAUGCCUACGAGACGGUACGAGCAGAUGCAAUAUAUCCUCACUUUCUUUGUGAACGCUGAGACAGAUAGAUGAAAACAAUAUUGUAGAAAUGCAAACUAACUACAUACGCUACUAUAAGAUUCCACUACAUUGAU